AUGUUCAGUGGCUCCUCGAGCCCACCCAAAGAAAGACUGGAUACCAUCCCACAUUCCAGCGCUAUUGACACACCGUCCAAGGGCGUUGUUACAGAAGAAGCUAGUGUGUCACAGAAGAAAUUCUCUCCUCCAGGUGGCUUCUUUACACGACGGACCAGUGAAGACCAGGGUCCUACCGCCGAGAAGAGGCGCCGGAGUAGUACAGUCACCAAAGCGGCAACAUUCUUCACCAACGCUAAGAAUUCGUUGAGUCUGAGUAGUAGUCCUCGCGAAGGUUCCUUCAACAACCACACGGUUCACUCCUCGCCAGCCCUACAGUCAGCUGGGAAUAUGGACCCCGCCUUGAGCGUUCCUCAGGGGUCAUUCAAUAAUUCAGCCGGAGAAUCGCUACCGACUCCUCAUUCGUCGUUCAGAGUUGGCGUCACAGAGGAUCGGAAUCGAAAAUGUCGUCGGACUAUGGAGGAUACGCAUGCGUAUCUCUACAACUUCCUGGGGUCGCCUUUGGUCUCCUCUCCGGCUAAGACCGGCAACAAAUACGCGGGUGAUGUUUCUCCCACGACUGAAGAAGCCACCAGUGUCGUUGAGACCGACAACGGGUAUUUUGCCAUUUUUGAUGGGCAUGCGGGCACGUUCGCCGCCGAGUGGUGCGGGAAAAAGCUACAUCUUAUUUUAGAAGAAACCAUGCGAAAGAGCCCCAAAACACCUGUUCCGGAGCUUCUGGACCAAACCUUUACCGCUGCUGAUCAGCAGUUAGAGAAGUUACCCGUGAAGAACAGCGGAUGCACUGCCGUUAUUGCCCUUCUGAGAUGGGAAGAUAAAGUCUCGGGUUCGUAUCCAGCGACAAACUCGACUGCAAAAAGUGAUACCAUUUUGGAAGCAGGCGACACGCCCACGCAGUCAGCCACCACUGGCGCUCUACCCGUGUUCCCAAAACCACAGGACAAUACCAAACGUCACCGUAUAUUGUACACUGCCAACGUUGGAGAUGCUCGUGCCAUUCUAUCACGCAAUGGGAGGGCACUGCGGUUGUCCUAUGACCAUAAGGGUAGUGAUGAGAAUGAGGGCAAACGGAUAGCGAAUGCAGGAGGAUUGAUACUCAACAAUAGAGUGAACGGCGUUCUUGCAGUAACCAGAGCUCUGGGCGAUGCAUAUCUUAAGGAUCUCGUCACGGGGCAUCCGUAUACUACAGAGACGGUAAUCCAGCCGGACCUCGACGAGUUCAUAAUAUUGGCUUGUGAUGGGCUUUGGGACGUUUGCAGCGAUCAGGAAGCUGUGGAUCUCGUCCGGAAUGUACCCGAUGCGCAGGAAGCAUCUAAAAUUCUUGUUGACCAUGCUCUUUCGCGUUUCAGCACCGAUAAUCUUUCGUGUAUGGUGAUUCGCUUUGAUUCCGAGCUUGUAAAAAAUAUUGCUACCCGUACCAUCGGCCCUACUGGUGUAGACGGCGAUUCAGCAAUGAACAUUGAGCAAGGUGUUAGUGAAGCUGAGAAGAUUGUAGAGGGGGCAAGAAAGAGCAUGGCCAACGCAGGGAUCUCGGAUGACCCGGAAACCGCGGAGCGGGUGAAGGAAGAAAUACUACAGAAAAUGUCAGGCGAUGAACCGGAACCUGAGCUUUCUGUGAACGAGCUUAGCGAGGCACCUCUGGUGAGUCAGACAAACGUAUCGUCUGCCUCCAACACUAGCAAGAGUUCUUGA